AUGAAGAGAUGCAUUGCUGCCGUUCUGCUGGUGCUUUCACUCGAGGCCCUCGCCGCCGGGCGCCUCUCGGCUACCGUCGCCGACGACCAUGUGGACACCAUUCGUCUCCCGAGCAACGAUCUUGCCGAUGAAGUAGCGACGGCGGCUACGGAGAUCGGCGCCGAGAAGACGAGGCCGUGGAAGUGCUGCGACCGCCCGUUGUGCAGCAGGUCGAUCCCGCCGCGGUGCCGCUGCAUGGACGCGGUGGAGCAGUGCGACGAGGCCUGCACCCGCUGCGAAGCGUCCCAGUCCGACCCUUCCAAGCGCAUCUGCAACGACCGGUACCACGGCUGGCCCGGGCCCAGCUGCACCAACCCCGACGCCGACGACAUCGCAACUGGUCCGGGAGUUUCUGGUCCGCCGGUCGCGGUGGCAACGGAGGAAGAAGUUGUUAGCGAGGAGAGCGCCGUCGUCGGCACGGAGAAGCCGAGGCCAUGGAAGUGCUGCGACGACACCCUGUGCACCAGGUCUGCCCCGCCGACCUGCGCCUGCAACGACAAGGUGAAGAAGUGCGCCAAGACCUGCAAGAAGUGCGACAAGGACGAGUCGGACGCUUCCCGCUUCGUGUGCCGCGACCGCUACUUCGGCUGGCCCGGGCCCAAGUGCACCGAGAUCUAG